CGCCCUCUAGCACUAAUUGUUUAAAAAAAGUAAAAUGGCGGACGUUUUAGAUCUUCACGAAGGGGGAGACGUUGACGAAGAGUUUCAGGUUGACGAAGAGUCUGACCAAGGUAUAGCAAAGCUGAAAGAGAAGGCUAAAAGAAGAAAAGGCCGUGGGUUUGGUGGUGAACGCGCUGAGGCUGGUAUUAAAACAAGCAAUGAUGAGUUUGAAGGCAUGGAGGUUGAUACCAGUGAGCAAGGACCACAGAGGUCCGUAGAAGGAUGGAUUUUAUUUAUCACAGGAGUACAUGAGGAGGCCACAGAAGAAGAUAUUGUUGAUCUUUUUGGAGAUCAUGGAGAAAUUAAAAAUGUACAUAUUAAUUUAGACAGAAGAACAGGAUUUCUCAAGGUUUGUUGACAAUAG